UAGAAUUGUAUAUAAAAAUGGCAGAAAACGUAAAGGUAGUGGUUCGCUGUAGACCGAUGAAUAAGCGCGAACAAGCGGCAGGGUGUACGAACGUUACUCAAAUCGAAAAUGCAACGGUGAACUUGGAUAACCCGAAUGAUAAAAGCGCACCGCAGAAAUCGUUUAAAUUUGAUAGUGCGUAUGGAUACGCGGCCACAACGGAAAACAUAUACAGCGACAUCUGCUACUCACUGGUGGAGAGCGUUUUGGAAGGCUACAAUGGGACGAUUUUUGCCUAUGGACAAACAGGCUGUGGAAAAUCGCAUACAAUGCAGGGAACUACCUACAAUCUAGCGGCCGCCGAUCCUAACAACGCCAAUAACAUCGGCAUUAUACCACGCUCGUUUGAGCACGUGUUCGAAGCGAUUGCGGUUGCUUCUGACGUGCGUUAUUUGGUGCUCGCCAGUUAUCUGGAAAUUUACAAUGAAACGAUACGUGAUCUAUUGAAUCCAUCUUGUACCGGUACUGGUGCUCUUACCAUCAAGGAAGUGCCCGGUGAGGGUGUGACGGUACAGGGUUUGUCGCUGCAUGCGGUUCAUGGAAUGAAGGAAUGCAUUGAACUGCUAGAAGCAGGGGCCAAGAACCGUGUGGUCGGUGCAACGCUAAUGAAUAUAGAAAGUUCCCGCUCGCACUCCAUUUUUACUAUUAGCUUAGAACAAAUGUCCACCAAUGGGGGCCACAACGCUGUGAUAAAACGGGGCAAAUUAAAUUUGGUUGAUCUGGCAGGAUCCGAAAGGCAGAGCAAAACCGGUGCAACUGGAGAAAGGCUCAAAGAGGCAACAAAGAUUAAUCUCUCACUAUCGGCGCUGGGCAAUGUAAUAUCGGCGUUAGUGGACGGAAAAACCAAACACGUUCCUUAUCGUGAUUCCAAGCUGACGAGACUUUUACAAGAUUCUUUGGGUGGCAACACGAAAACUCUUAUGAUCGCUUGCAUAUCACCGGCGGAUUCAAACUACGAUGAGACAUUAUCAACGCUGCGCUACGCUAAUCGAGCAAAAAAUAUUGCCAAUAAACCGAAAGUGAACGAGGAUCCAAAAGAUACCAUGCUCCGUGAGUACCAGCAAGAAAUACUGCGACUGAAGCAGUUACUGACCAACGAAGGAAAACUGUCUUCAGACAACGGGCUGCUCAAUGGCAGUGUCUCCGUUGAAUCUUUCCGCGCGGAAUCGGUUUCCGAGAUUUCCCUAGAAAAUGGACACGAAACGCUCAUACAGCAGUACGAUUCAGAAGUGAACAAUCUGCGGAAGGAAUACGAGCAGCAAAAAGUAGCCAAGCAACAGCUAGUAAAAGAUAUUGAAAAAAUCAAAUCGUUUUACGAGGGUCAAAUGCAACAGAUGAUUUUGAAAAACGAUACUGAAAAACCAACGCAAACAACGACCGUUGUGGAAAAACAGGAAAUUUACGAUCGGAUCAAACAAAUCAAGGACGCCCUAAUAGGUGGCGAGCGGGCGAACGAUGUUCAGCUGAAGGAAAAAAGGUACAGAAACAAACUAGCUUCGGAGAAGCGGUUGAAUGCCUUGGCGCAUGUGAUCAGCAGAGUAGAACAAAGCGAAGAUCGAGAUCUGCUGCAAGGGCACUAUACGGAUAUACAGCAAGAGUUAAAGGUCCGUUACGAACAAAUCAGACAGCAGAGAAAACGAAUAAAAUCACUAGAACGAGAAGUAUCGGACAUUCAAAGCGAAUUUCAGACAGAUCGAGCCGAUUACCUAGCAACGAUUCGGUUAUUAGAAAAAAGGAUUCUCUUUUUCGAAGCGGUAUUUCAAAAAGCUAUGCCUGUACUGAGAAAGGAUGGCAGGUAUUGGAAUUUGGAAUGUUUGGAAAGUGAUUCAGAAUGGCACGACGAUUUAAACAAGUGGAAACUCCCAGAUGAUACACUUCUGAGGACACGAUUACCCCCAGCAGCCCCCACCCACACGGAAUCGCCAUUGAAGAAUGGCCGAGAGAGUCAAAACUCGUUUACGGCGCCGGGACGAUUGGAACGUAGUUCAACCUUGAUCCUAACGAAACUACCGGAGUUCGAAAACGGAGUCAACUCUUCUGCCGGGGAAACGCGUAAAAAAGAAUUUCUCAGCAAAAGCACGAACUGUAAUCCUUUCCCAAAAAUUGAAGAUGUUGCUAUGUCUUACUUUCGACCGCGACGAGCAGCUGAGUUAGUAUAUCGAAGCGGUUGGGGCAACUUUCAAAAGUAA